AUGAAGUACUUUGCCGCGAUUGCAUACCUCCUGGCAUUAUCGGCGUCGACCAAUGCAGAUGGAUUACUCAGUGGACUCGACGUCUAUGCUCCCAAAUAUUCAUCUUUAGAAUAUUAUUCAUAUCCCAGUUACGCUUUUGAAUACGCUGUCCGCGAUCCUCACACUGGUGAUAAUAAGGCUCAAUGGGAAAAACGAGACGGAGAUGUUGUAAGAGGUGCAUAUUCUCUAGUGGAGCCAGAUGGCAGCGUGCGUGUCGUGGAAUAUCGGGCCGAUGAUAAGACCGGCUUCAACGCUGUUGUUAAGCGUAUUGGCCCGAACAUACACCCAGUAUCAGCACCAAUUUACAAGGCACCUCUACCAGUAAUUGGUUACAAGGCGGAAGUGCCAAUCUCGAUUGGACCUGUAGCAGGAAUCGAGAAGCUAUCAAGUGCACCACUUAUAAAUGGACCUUACUUAGGUGGUGGCGCUACUUCAUCUGCCGCUCUUUACAAAGUUCCUUCUCCAGCAAUUAUAAAAGAAGUGGCUCCCAUUGCUCCCAUAAUUCCGACCCAGAUUUAUUCAAAUCCCAUACUAAAAAAUCCCAUUAUAUCUGAACCUUAUCCCCUCCUACCAGCUCCUAUUCUUAAAAAGCCACUGUUGGCUUACCCUGAAUCUAUAUAUCCCAUUGUAAACGCUCCUAUUCCCGAUUAUAAGUCUUUAGCACCUCUUCAAAACUAUGGAGGUCUUGAUUUAGCUUUACUGGGCAAAGGACUUGUUGGCGACAAAAUACUUUAUGACUUAAAGGGAUAUGAUGCAGGAUUGGGUUAUAAUGGAUACGCUGGCAUUGGACUGGGAUUAGGCUACAAGGGAGGAUACGGUCAU